CUCGUCAAUCAUGGAACUCGUCUUGUCAGGUGACCGCGAAUUCGUGGACGCUGCCCGUGCGACGGCCCUGUUGGCGUCGUACCCUCACUUCUCGUCGUUCACGCGGAUCUCUCUCCGCAACAAGAGCUACUCCUUGGAAGCGGCGCAAGUGCUUGCCACGUUUCUCAAGACCAUCCCCGCUGGGUUGGCUGUCGCUGACCUGGCUGACAUGAUUGCCGGCCGUCCAGAAGAUGAGGCACUGUUGGUGCUGGAGCACGUGUGCCAAUCGUUGUCGAGUCACGCGUUCGUCGAAGUCGACUUGAGCGACAACGCUCUCGGGGAAAAGGGCGUCCGUGCGUCGUUCGGCGUGCUCGAACGUCAAGUCAACCUCGAGCGCUUGUACUUGUGCAACAACGGCCUCUCUGCCGAGUCGGCGCAAGUGAUCGCCGACGUGCUGCUCUUCCGUGGCGCCAACGUUCCCACGAAGCUCAAGACGUUCCACUUUUACAACAACAUGAGCGGCGACGGCGGGGCCAAGGCGUUGGCGACGUUGUUUCCGUCCACACCCCUCUUGGAAGACCUUCGUUUCUCCACGACGCGGUCUCAACGAGAAGGCUGCCGCGUGUUCGCGCAUGCAUUGAGCACGCUCUCGAACUUGAAGUUCGUGGACUUGAGCGACAACACGUUUGGCGCGGAAGGCGCGAUGGUCCUGGCGGUGGCCUUGGCCAAGCAGUCCAAGCUGGAAGUGCUCAACUUGCGCGACGCGUCCAUUGGCGACGAAGGUCUAAUCGCCAUCGCGAAUGCGUUGGUGGCUCAACGCGUGACUUCGCUGCGUGUGUUGGACGUGUCCGGAAACGACUUGACGGAAGAAUCCAUGACUGCUUUGGCGAAGUUGCUCAAGACAUUGCCGUUGCUAGAGGAGUUGCGCGUGGAAGAGAACGAGAUCGGCUCUGGCGGAGCGUCCAUUUUGGCCGCCGUGCUGCAAAAGAAGUCGGUGACGCCCUUGCUUCGAGUGUUUCAGUCCAACUCGAACGAACUGGCGAGCACGGGGGGCUACCGCUUGGCCGUGGCGCUGGCCAAGAAGCCACAGUUGGCGUCGGUGGAAUUGGACGGCAACAUGUUCUCGGACGACGCGGUCGCCAAGAUCACCGCCGCGCUUCCGUCGAACGUCCUCGGGUCCCUCGAAGACAACAUGGAGGACGACGACGGAGAUGAUUUCUCUGACGAGAUCGACGACUGGAGCGACGACGACGAGGUCAAAGCCGAGGACAACGAUGUCGACGAGCUCGCAGCCUCCUUGUCCCAGGUGACGUUGGAUGUGCUUCGUUUUGAUCCGGUUCGAGAAGUGGUGGACGCGGCGCGUGCCAAGGAACUGCUGGCGCCGUUUCAAGGGCGAUCGACGUUUCACACGAUUUCCCUGCGUGGAAAGAGCUACACGCAAGCGGGUGCCGCGGUCGUCGCGGACUUUCUGCGCACCUUGCGUGGAAUCAAAGUGGCCGACUUGGCCGAUAUCAUUGCCGGUCGACCAGAAGACGAAGCGCUCGUGGUGCUUACGACCAUCAGCAAGGCGUUGGUGGGCCACGUCCUCGAUGAAAUCGACCUGAGCGACAACGCGUUGGGGGAGAAGGGCGUCCGCGCAUGCUUUGCCGUGCUCAUCCCGCAGCCGACGCUGAAGCGGCUAUCGUUCUGCAAUAACGGCAUCUCCGCCGCCGCGUCUGCCGUGAUUGCGAAGGAAGUGGUGCUCCAACAAGACGGUGUCGCCAAGUCGCUGGAAACGUUCCACUUUUUCAACAACAUGAGCGGCCACGAGGGCUGCCUGGCUGUUGCGUCCAUGUUGUCUGGAUGCCCAAACCUCACGUCGUUCCGGUUCGCCAGUGCCCGUGCGGGGGCCGCUGCCAGUUUGCAGUUGGCCCAAAGCAUCGGCCAACACGUGCGCCACCUCACGUCCCUUGAUCUGAGCGACUGCAGCUUUGACGACCAAGGCGCGGUCGCGUUGGCGGCGGCCAUCUCCAAGCAGACCCGCCUCAAGGUGCUCAAGCUUCGCGACGCUUCGCUCGGCCCCGAAGGUGCCAAGCUGGUUGUGGCCGCGCUCGCGACGGCUGGCAUCCAGUUGGAGAGCUUGGAUUUGUCGGGCAAUGAACUGGAAGACCAAGGCAUUGCCAACUUGAUCGGUGGGGGUAGCUGUGGCCGACUGCUGGAUAGCCAAGUGGGGCUCAAGGUGUUGCGUCUGGACGAGAACGAAGUCACGUCUAAAGGGUUGGCCGUGCUGGCCGACUCGCUGCACGGUGAGCUCUCGUGGGCCUCCGCGUUAGAAGAACUCAGCUUGUACGGCAACGAAAUCACCGCGAGUGGCGCGAUGUCGAUCGUCAAGGCCGUCUCGAACAAGGCGUUUCUGAAACUGGUUCAGUUGGACAGCAACAUGAUUUCGUCAGUUGGACUUGUCAAGUUGCGGGCGGCGCUCGUCACGGCGGGCAAGGCACAUGUGCUGGGGUCCAUGGAAGAUAACGACGAAGACGCCGAGAGCGACGACGGGUCCGACGGGGACGACGACGACGAGGCGGAAUAAGUAGGACGAAUAAAUAGAUGAUCCGUAGAGAAGUUGUUGUUUUGCAUCACCACAA